AUGUACAUUACGCAAAUAUCUAGUAUUUCUCAAAAAGAAGACGUUGUACUUAAGAUAACCGGCACGGCGCGUAAACGUUGGACCGCCCUCAGGGCUUUACUGGUUACGUGUUGCGUGCCACCGCCCGACAACCUGAACAAUCUCUUAGAUCCGCACACGGCUCGUGAGGAUCGAUGCUUAACCCUACCGAUCGCUGAUUUCACAGCUCGGAGCACUCCUGGAGGCGGCGAAAUGAGCGAUCAAAAAGAUCACAUCAUCGGCGUUCUCCGACAUCGCACCGCCGGAGAAGGCACCACCGCGACGAGUCUUCUCCACGGUCACCACCUGAACAGCUACGGUGUCCACCCAAGACCUACCCUAUAUUUUUUAAAACAUAUAAUGUCGAGGCCAAAUACCGGAACCACAAUAAUACGUAUACGUCACUGCCGGUUUGGACGAAUGUACGGGACUGGUUUGGCAUGUGAAUGCGCGUGCGCAUGCGCCUUCGUCCGUGAAGACUCGCGCGAGAGACGGCGACCUCAUCACGCUUGCGCCUGUUCUAUUUGUGUUCGCCUUCGUCACUUUGUACGCCUUCAGUCAGUUCCGAAGCUGAAUCGGCCGCCCAGCGCGUUUUUGCUACCGGUGUGA